CCACUCUCACGAUCACACUCGGUCGGUUCCUAUUCCUAUCGAACGACUCCACGAUCUCCAAUUGCCAUUAGCCCCGUCUCUGUCAUCCCUUCUCCGCUUCCUUCCCUUCCCUCCCCGCCAUGACGUCUCUCUUCUUCUCCACCCCCGUUGACAUCGACGUCGUUCUCGACGACGGCGAUGACCGCCAGUCGGUCGACGUCAAGCUCGACAAGGGCCGUCGCGAACGGGUCCCGCUGUACAUGGAUGGCGAGUCGGUCAAGGGUGCCGUGACGGUCCGACCCAAGGAUGGAAAACGAUUGGAGCACACCGGCAUCAAGGUGCAGUUCAUUGGAACGAUCGAAAUGUUCUACGACCGUGGCAACCAUUACGAAUUCCUCUCCCUGGUGCAGGAACUCGCCGCCCCCGGAGAAUUACAACACCCCCAGACCUUCCCCUUCAACUUCAAGAACAUCGAGAAGCAGUACGAGUCCUACAAUGGCAUCAACGUCAAGUUACGGUAUUUCGUCCGCGUCACGGUCUCCCGGCGCAUGGCCGACGUAGUCCGGGAGAAGGACCUGUGGGUCUACUCCUACCGCAUGCCCCCAGAGACCAACAGUCCCAUCAAGAUGGAUGUGGGUAUUGAGGACUGCCUUCAUAUCGAGUUUGAAUACUCCAAGUCGAAGUACCACCUCAAAGAUGUCAUCGUGGGGCGGAUCUAUUUCCUUCUUGUGCGCUUGAAGAUCAAGCACAUGGAGCUGUCCAUCAUCCGACGCGAGACGACCGGUUCGCCUCCCAACCAGUAUAAUGAGAGCGAAACGUUGGUGCGGUUUGAGAUCAUGGAUGGUUCGCCUUCACGAGGUGAAACGAUCCCUAUCCGUCUGUUCCUCGGCGGGUUCGACUUGACGCCCACCUUCCGCGACGUGAACAAGAAAUAUUCGACUCGUUACUAUCUGAGCUUGGUCCUCAUUGACGAAGACGCCCGCCGUUACUUCAAACAAUCCGAAAUUGCCCUCUACCGCCAGGCCCCCGAGAUCGCCUCCACGCCGCAGAUAGCCCAACAGCAACUGAUCCAACAAGAGCAGAUUCAGAAUCAAUACCAGCAGCAGUUGCCCCCCGGUUCAGCCACCACCGGACCCGGACGCGAGGCACGUCACACUCCCAGCCAACAACAACAACAACAACAACAACAACAACAACAGCCUCAACCUCAGCAUGUGACCGCUCCGGCGGCGUAGUCCUCGCCUGACCAGCUAGCUAGCUGACUGACUUUCUACGCGAUGUGGUUUAUCUAAUACCUUAUAAACCCAUCUACCUGUGUGUAUGUCUACCUGCCUGCAUCCAAUUCGGCGGCGGCCGUCGAGCUGGUCCGAUCAGCCGGCCGCUCAUUCCCAUGUCUUCGAGCCACAUUUAUACCCUCCCGCCUACCGCUGUCCUUUGUCCUCUGUAUGUCUGAUAAGCAAGCGUCUAUCAUCAUCAUUAUCUCUUUGUUCUCGACCGGGUAAUCUAUCAUGUGAUGUCCUCUCUCUCUCUCUUCCGGUCUACCUACAAUCUAGACCUCCGUCCUACAUGUCGCUAUAAACAGGCGAAGCAAAA